CCGAAGGGCAGAUCGAAUUGGCAUCAAGGACGGCAAAGACUGUUUCCCAAAAUUUUAUUAUUUGCAGUUUAAUUAAGAUCUUUCAAAUCAAAUGGAGGUUUUACCCAACACGGUAAGUUUGAAGCAAGUAUGAUUCAUAAAGAUAAAGCAAGAUUAUAAGGCAACACGCACUGGUCUUUAAUAGUUUAAUAUCAUACGUUUCUUAACGGCGCGACAUAACAAAUUAAGAUGAUUUAACUGAAACUGUUCUAAAAUGGAAUGAGCGAAGGUUCAGUGUGUGCAUCAUUUCGUACUUUUAACUACCUUUUAACAACAGAACUCGACAAAACGUAGCUAUACGUUUUCAGUUAAAUUUCGAAAUAUAUUGCUUGUGGAAACGAAUACAACGAAAGCUCAAAGACACCAGUUAAAUCCUUCAUAGCUACCGAAUCCGAAAUGAUUUUUAUUUUUUAACCUGAGAGUAAUAACUGCCGGUAUAAAAUACAAAAUCUUUCUGUUUCCAUUCAUUUUGUUUUAUAUAUAUAUGAAGUCAGUCAAUAAUAUUGACUGACUUCAGUAGAACAUGCAUGUGCCUUUAUAUGGCCUCGUAGGCCCUGACAUACUUCAAUAGACAAACUGUGAGAGAACGUAUUCGUCGUUCACAUCGUAAGUCACAUUUAGUCUAAAUUAGAUGAAAAACAUUAUUUUGAUUUAUAUAUAAUAUAUUAUUUAACAUAUCAUAUGAAAGAGAAAGUAAAGUAUGUCAGUUUCUAUUGGCCAUUGGCAUAUCAUUAAGGCAAGAUAUCUAGUUGCGAAAUUUGCCUUGAACACAACGCAACUAAUGAAUAGUGUAAUAUAUUUUCCUUUUUAAAACAAUACUUCACAUAACUGAACGAUACAGCCAUAACAGUACAAUACUGAUAGCCCAAUUCGACGAUUUUCACCCCGCUUGUAUUUAUUGAAUUCAAACUAAAGCCCAAGCGUGAAGCGUCGCUUGCCAGUGAUAUAGCUACCGGUUCAGUGAAUGCCAUGGUCCACGCAAUUUUACCGCUGAAUUGCUGAAACUAAGGAAAAUGAAACUGGAUUUACCCAAGCACAAGUCAACCUUACACAACACUUGAACACAAGCGAACGUUUGUUGUAGUUGAUCCAGCUGAAACGUAAACGAAAAUGCACGUGAAUUAUUUCUUAUCCAGAAUUUUGUGAUUUUUCUGUCGUGCCAUUUAACGCUCACCCUUUGCAAGACUUCAAUCCAGGCGUUCAUAUCUAUAACAUUUGAAUGAAGGCAGAAAAAUAGCCUGUGAAUAUAAAGCAUCACAAUUGGUUUCUGGAAACGACUUAUUCAAAUAUUCUCCACCCGACGACGUGUCUGCUUGAGGAAGGAAUAGUGUCGUUGCUAACAUGCUAUUUGAUGAGAUAGAAGAAUGAAGAUUGAAGAAUGUUAAGCAGUCCUACGUUUUUUCUCGAAAGUCGAAGUUUCUUAAGAUAACUAUAUAUAUUUAACUCUUCAUUUUCGAAUAAAAUAGAAAACAGAUCGACAGACUAUAAGAAUACGAAAGUGAAAUGUGACACCUGUUGUUAAUUGUUGUGGUUUGCAAUUUUGCAUUUUGUUAUAUGUAUAUAACCUAAGCUUUAUACAUAUUUUUAACAGUUUGUUGACUGUGCGGCUGUGUCGAUUUUGUUAGAAUAUGUUACAGUCAAGCAAAGUGCUGACUUGAAUGGCAUGGUAUCGUGAAUUUUAUUUGAAAUGAGUGUACAUAUUUGGUCGGCUGUAUUGUCUCUAAGCAGUCACGCAUCGACAAUCAUGACACUGGUCACACAUUGUUGUUGCAUAAAGGUCAUGUAAUAAUUGAUAGUACGGCUGAUAUACCGACUUUAAACCGUCUAGAUAUAUCAUAUAUGCUUCAAGAUGUGCGGUACAGCCGGCCAACGGCUUUCCUGAAUAUUCUAGGAAAAAGAUGAAAUUCUAUCUUCUUCCUUGUUGUUAGGUAUAUAAACUAUAUAUGUCAAAUAGCAAUAUAAACUGUGUAUACUGUUAGAAUAUGAAGGCAACUGUAAUUGCAAUUUAUCUUGGCUCCCAGACCUAGCCUCGUAAGUCACAUUGAAAUUCUUUGAACAUUUUACAAUUUGGAAACGAGAAUUCUACAUUUCCACGAAUGAAACGAAUGGUAUAAACUUGCCAACCUACAGUAAGUACCUUGUCUACCAAAGCUAUACUGGCGGUUCCAAUUUACAAACUACAAAGAUGAAUGAGUGAGAGUCGAAUGCACUACUCCUAUAGGUUUACUAUAUCUACAAUAUACUCAACUGAGUCUGAGAAUGGAAUGCGCUAUGUCACGAUUUUAUUGAAACCCGAUAAUUUAUUUUGAUUUGAAUAAGUACGUCAUGUAAAAAACUAAAAAUGUAUAUUAAUUCAAAUCUCACAAAGAUUCCAGUUAUUACUGCCAUUAUGGUUCUGUACACUCUCAGCUUUGUAUAGAAAGUAUUUCCGUACGCUUUCCUGAUAUUUACCAUGCAGCUGUUUAAAGGAGAAAUGUUAUCCAUUAGAAGACUUAGAAGAGCUCAGAACUUUAUCAUAAACAUCAAUGAUGACUGAUGAAAAAUUAUCUCGAUUCGAAUGGCAAACAGGUGAGAUAUUUUUGCAAUUCUUAUACUAACCUACUGCAUAUGUGAUAUGUAAACCAGCACCAUUAUCCAAUUACCAAAAUGGGCAUAUAUAACCAGGGUUAUAUAUUAGAUUAUAGCUGCUCCAUUGUAUUUAAGCAGCAAAAAUAGAUCUAAUUUCUGGUAUAAGAAGUGAUCGAGCAGCAUGUUACGUUAGGCAGUGACUUUGCCCUUUGUUAUACCCGUCGUAAUAUAUAGAUACACAUAUUGUUAAGUCUUUUAAGACUUAAAAGAAUUGCACUUUUGGUUCCUCAUUUCCGUUUGUCAUCCUUAUUCAUGCUUAAGGUCAAAGAGGUUAAAUUAAGGUCAAAGAGAUGAACUUAUUUAUCACUUCUUAUACAGGGGCCCGGCCCCCGGUUAAUUAUCCACAUAACAUAGUCAGGUUAAAUUAAACAAGGCAGUCCUGGUCAAAAUAACUAGACUAUGGUAUACGAAGCGAUAUACAAUAACCAAGAAAUUUAGCCAGGAACAUUAAGUUAGGUUAACCAAGAGAAUUUUAACCAGAGUGUUUUAGAGUGUCCUAAGGUGUAACUUUUUAAUUUACAUAAUUAUCGUACUUUAUUUCAUGUUUAUAGUUACAUCAUUAUACCAUGUAUAAUAACAAGUAAAGACAACUAUCUGCAACUGAAGCGAAUUUUGGAACCUCCAAACACCCUGAAAGGAACUGAUUCAAAGUGCGAAACAAAAUUGUUUCUGUUCUGCAAUCAUCGAAUGAUAGAUUAAAUCGUGGAAAUCUUUAGCACAAGGACAUUAGAGCUCACCAAUUGGAACAAAACAAAUGCAGGUUCUUUGGAGGUUUCGCGCCAACACCAUACUACAUUUAGUUGAUCUAUACAAAUGCAUUAUCUGUGGAGAAAUUCCUUCUCUGUGAUCUUAAUCCUAACCCUUAUGAUUUUCCUAAUCCUAUACAUCCUCUAAUGGUAUACCGUUAUGAUUUAACCCUGAUCAGUUCUUUAACUCCUAUACCUCGCCUAAUCGUAAAGCUUUGAUAAAAUUGCAGUCAUGCAAGUACCAUUGUGAUGUCAUCUUUGGUCAAGUUUGGUUGCUUGGAUUUACUGUACGCCAUUUCAGUUGGACAACUUCUGAAUUUGCAAUUUAACAAUGCCACUUUUAAAGGAGCGUGUGAACGCCUGAAUUUCAAGAAUGAAACCAGCCAGUCAGAAGUAGAAAGCGAUGGUGUGAACUGCAUGCAUGAAACCAAGUCAAGCCAAAGCUUUAUGAUUUCUUUGAAAUUAAUCAAAAACACCAACCUUAUAACCGCUCUACAUCUGUUGAAAGUAAAUAUUAAAAAUAGCGUAAAAGUUAGCCAGAGUAUAAUAUAGUAUUGUGCAUCCUGUUGAACGUUUGUGUCAAAAUAAUAUUUUGUUAAGCCCAUCUUGUUCAAAGUAAAAGUACAAAAAGUAACACUAAUUAUUAGUCCUUCAUAUUCUAUAUUCUGUUUUACUUAAGCCGGAGGAAAGACUUUCGUGGAAUACCCCAUCGAGAUCCAGACUAAAAAAACGAAAGAGAUCCGAUGAUGAGAUAGCGAGAAAGGGAUACAACUCAAACAAUACUGCCGAGGUAAAGUAAUUAUUACUUAUUAACGCUUUUUGCAUAGCCAUAGGGUGAGUUCGAAUCAUGCAUUUAAUGAUGUUUGCACAUAAAAUCCUUCCUUGUGAAAUCUGUAUAGUUUGUUUUUACUAUUCCCUAUUACUUGAACCCUAUAAUAUGGUCAGUAGACCUACAAUCAUAGAAUAAUUAAUCGGGACAAUCACUAUUAAAGUGUCACUCAAACAGCAUUGUAAUAUCUGUAGAAAGAAAACUUUUACACGCAGCUUUUAAACUAUAUUGUUGCAGAUCGUACAUUCAUACAUUAACGUUACCCUGCCCUCCCCUCAUCCCCCCAUCUUACAUUGUUGGUUCCCCGGCUAUUUGCCCAAAACGUUGCGCAAUACUCGUGAAUAUCAUAUGGUCGUGAACACAACAUUGAAUGGGGGAGGGAGGGGAGGGAGGGGGGACGCACAAUGUAAGCCCGAAAUAUUCUACUUUCUUUUCAAGUAAUAAACGUUUAAUAUGUCCCAAAGUGAUUGUUCCAUGAUUGUAGAAAAUUCGGUUUUAGUAUUAUUCCAUCUGAGUUGUAAUCAAUAAAUCCAUUUUCAGGACAAGGAACGUAUUCACUUGGAAUCAGAGCCAGAGGUAAAUAAAAGUCUCUAAAAUGUUUAGAUUGAAUGAGCGAUUGAUAAUCAUUAACUUGAUGAUAAAGGUUAUUGGAUAAAGCCUUAGGAAGUUAUUGUCGUUGUUGUUGUUGUUGUUGUUGUUGUUGUUGUUGUUGUUGUUGUUGUUGUUGUUGUUGUUGUUGUUGUUGUUGUUGUUGUUGUUGUUGUUGUUGUUGUUGUUGUUGUUGUUGUUGUUGUUGCUAUUAUUGUUGUUGUUGUUGUUGCUAUUAUUGUUGUUGUUGUUGUUGUUGUUGUUGUUGCUGUUGGUGCUGUUGUUGUUGCUGCUGUUGUUGUUGUUGUU